AUGAGCGCGAGGCAGAUCAGCAUUCACAGCGACUCCCAGCUCAUAGUAAAUCAGAUAACGGCAGACUUCGCAGCAAGGGAUGCCUCCAUGUCAGCCUACCUAUCGGCAGCCCACCAACUACUACAAAAAUUCCAGGCCUACGAGAUACGGCAGAUCCCCAGGUCGGAAAAUAGCCAUGCCGACGCACUCUCACGAUUGGCCUCGGCCAUAAAUGACAAGAUCGGAAGGAAGGUACCGGUGGAGAUAUUAUCCCAACCGAGUACAACCGCCGCUGAGGUAUGUACCGUUUGGUACGAAGACACAUGGAUGUCUCCAAUCUAUGCCUACCUGACUGCCGGAACCCUUCCUACCGAUAAGUCCCAAGCUCGGAAACUUCGCUACCGAUCGGCAAGAUACACAGUCAUCAACGAUGUCCUGUACAAACGGGGCUACACGACGCCGUAUUUAAAAUGCCUGACCAAGGGGCAGGGGGACUACAUCCUUCGGGAGGUCCACAGCGGAAUCUGCGGUGACCAUUCUGGAUCCCGAUCGCUCGCACACAAGGUCUUCCGGCAGGGUUAUUUCUGGCCGACUCUGCACCAGGAUGCGAACACACUAGUCAAGAGGUGUGACAAAUGCCAGCGGUUCGGUAGUGUCCCUCAUAUUCCUGCCGAGCCACUGUCACCGAUCGUGAGCCCGUGGCCGUUCGCUCAGUGGGGACUAGACCUAAUUGGUCCGAUGCCAGAAGGUAAGGGUCAGGUCAAAUACACUGUUGUUGCCGUAGACUACUUUACCAAAUGGGUAGAAGCCAAAGCCCUAGCGACAAUAACGGCAGCCAGAGUCGAGGAUUUCGUCUGGACGAAUAUUUGCUGCCGAUUCGGCAUCCCCUACGCCAUCGUCACGGAUAACGGCAGGCAGUUUGACUCGGAAGUCUUUAGGGAAUUCUGCACCCGACUCAAGAUCAACCUAUUCUUUGCUUCGCCAGCACACCCCCAAUCGAACGGACAGGUCGAAGCCAUGAACAAAAUUGUCAAGAAGCUGUUGAAACGGCAGCUUGACAAAGCCAAAGGAGCCUGGCCGGAAAAACUUCCGGAAGCGCUAUGGGCCAUCCGGACAUCCUACCGAACGGCAACUGGGGAAACACCACUCUAUGGCUUUCGGUUCAGAGGCAGUAGUCCCAGUGGAAAUCGGAGAGCCCUCCUACCGAACGGAAACCUUCGCACCGAAGGUAAAUGA